CCACCACUGUGUAUAAAUAGGCCCGUUUACUCAGGGGUCAGGACAUCGUUUUGUGGAGCCCCCCGUGAGCACUACACAGCUAUUUUUUGGGGUAGGUCAGGUCCAUUUUUACUGAGAUAUCAAACAUGGCGCUGACUACUCCUAACCCAAUGGGACCAUGGAAGAUCACAGUCUACGACCAGGAGAACUUCCAGGGAAAGCGUAUGGAGUUCACUGCUUCCUGCCAGAACAUCAUGGAGUGUGGCGCGGACAACAUUCGCUCACUGAAGGUCGAGUGUGGAGCCUGGGUUGGGUACGAGCACUCCAGCUUCUCUGGGCAGCAGUUUGUGUUGGAGCGUGGAGAGUACCCUCGCUGGGAGUCCUGGAGCGGCAGCAACGCCUACCACAUUGAGAGGUUGAUGUCCUUCCGCCCAGUCUGCUCUGCCAACCAUAAGGAGUCCAAGAUUGUGGUGUUUGAAAGGGAGAACUUCAUUGGCAAGCAGUGGGAGAUGAACGAUGACUACCCCUCCCUGCAGGCCAUGGGCUGGGGCAACAACGAGAUCGGAUCCAUGCAGGUCCAGAGUGGAGCCUGGGUAUGCUACCAGUUCCCCGGUUACCGUGGCUACCAGUACAUCAUGGAGUGCGACCGUCAUGGCGGAGAGUACAAACACUACAGGGAGUGGGGCUCCCACGCUCAGACCUUCCAGGUCCAGUCUCUGCGUCGCAUCCAGCAGUGAGAGCUUCCACAGUCCUGUCAGACCUCCAAGACCAACGCUUCCUGACGCUUCUGGUGCUCCACAGCGACAAACAUGUUUACAGCACUUUUGUUUUUUUCCAUCACUUAAAGAAUAAAAACAAGAGAAGAAGAUACGCCCCACAGCAAGCGGAGCAAGCGGAGAGAAGGGUCUCGGGUGGUGUGGUGGUACGACUCAGGCUUUGAUGCUGUUCUUCAGUGUUGUCACAGGGAAUUCAUAGCCACAGUGAUCAAUAAAGAGAGAAUGAGCAACAAAAAUAAACAGCGAUACAAGAGUGUUA